CUAAGCCAUGGCGGCCUAGUAUCUAGUAACUGGCAUCACGCAAGCCUACUCUUGUACAACAGGUUGUAUGUCAGUUGAACUGCGCCCGCGCACCAACAACGUCGCACUGCUACCUCGAUAGGCAAAAUGACGUCGGAGGUUAACGAGUGGUAUAAAGGCCGAAAUGUGCUGGUGACCGGAGCCUCCGGGCUCAUGGGCAAAGUCCUCAUCGAGAAGCUUCUCUACAGCAUCCCUGACAUUGGCUGUGUAUACGCAUUAGUUAGGGGUAAGAGAGGAAAAUCACCCGAAACUCGAAUAGAAGAAAUGUGGAAAUUACCUUUAUUUGCAAGAAUAAGGGAAGAAAAGCCACACGUCAUGAAGAAGUUGGUGCCCGUGACUGGGGACAUACUCAGCGACAAUCUCGGCAUAGACAGUGACAAACUAGAGAAAAUAUACAAUGAGGUGUCAAUAGUCUACCACUUCGCGGCCACUCUCCGCCUGGAAGCGCCCCUCAAAGAGGGCCUGGAAAUGAACACCAGAGGGACGAAGCGGGUUCUCGAUCUCGCAAAGAAAGUGAAGAAUUUGGUCUCCUUCGUUCACCUCUCUACGGCGUUCUGCUAUCCCGACUACGAGAGGUUGGCGGAGAAGGUCCACGAUCCCCCCGAAAACCCUCACGACGUGCUCCGCGCCGCCAGCUGGCUCUCCGAGGAGCAGCUCGACCUGAUAGCUCCUUCGCUGAUGAAGAAGCACCCCAACUCCUACACGUACUCCAAGAGGCUGGCCGAAGCCCUCGUCAGGGAGGCCUAUCCCGAAAUACCCGCAGUCGUCGUGCGACCCAGCAUCGUGACCCCCUCCCACAAGGAGCCGGUCCCCGGCUGGGUGGACAACCUCAACGGGCCCGUCGGGCUCAUGAUCGGGGCCGGCAAAGGGGUCAUCCGGUCCAUGCACUGCUGCGGGCACUACCACGCCGAGGUCAUCCCCGUGGACAUCGCCAUCAACGCCCUCGCGGUCAUCCCUUGCCACCUCGACAAGAAGGCGGAUCGCUCGCCAGAGAUCCCGGUGUUCAAUCUGACGACCGGAGACCAGAGAAAGGACACUUGGAAGGAAGUGCUGGACGUGGGCAAAGCCACGGUGCGGAAGUACCCCUUCGAGGGACCCCUUUGGUACCCCGACGGCAACAUUCGCCACAACAAGUUCUUCCACGAGCUGUGCGUCUUCUUCUACCACAUCGUGCCCGCUUAUCUCAUCGACUUCCUCAUGCUGCUCUUCGGCCAGAAGCGAUUCAUGGUCCGCAUCCAGAAGCGCAUCUCGGUGGGGCUGGAAGUGCUGCAGUACUUCACGACCCGGGAGUGGUGGUUCGACACGGAUCGCUUCAGAGGACUGCCCGGGACCCUCAACGAGACCGAUCUGUCUCUCUAUCCGAUGGACGUGAUGAAAAUCCAGAUCGAACCCUACAUAGAGAGCUGCAUGAUCGGUGGGAAGCUGUACUGCCUCAGGGAGAGACUCGAAGAUCUGCCGAAGGCCAGGCUGCAGAACAAUAUAUUAUACUUUCUAGAUCUGGCGGCGUCGGCGUUCUUCUACUUGGUAAUGCUAUACUGGCUGGUCCUUUACGUCCCCCCCUUGAGGAGCACUCUGGCACUCGGCGGACCCCUCGUGAGGUAUUUGCCCCUCGUGGGGAAUGUGGUUUUUCCAAAUAAAUAAUUCCCACUCGAAACGACGUUUCUGUGUAAUCUAUUCGGUGGCAGAUUUCGUUGUGUGUGACAUGUUUUCUUAUAAAAUAUCUGCUGACGCUCGGGGUGACUGUGAGGUCGCCGACCGAUUGACCUGCGGUAACUUUUAUAUUUCAUUAUAAAAGGUAUAUAUUAUUAUAAAUGAGUAUUAAAACGUUUCGCCUUUUAUUAAGCUAAGCCAAAUAUUAACUUUAAUAACGGGAUUGUGUUUUAUCGCUUAAUUAAGUUAAAUAACAAUUUUAAAAUAAAUAUAAUUAUAAUA